AUGCCCAGUUGUGACGAUGAUAUCCUUGAUCGAGGUGAUUUCGUGGACUCAGAUAACGAACAUGAAGUCGAGGAGGCUUCUGAAGACCCUGAACGCUAUCUAGAGGGACUUUACUACCCUAUCUGCAUUGGCGACAUCCUAGCCGGCCAGUAUCACAUUGAACAUAAGCUAGGCCACGGGGGAUUUUCAACUGUCUGGAUGGCAUAUGACAUACUUGGGAAGACAGAUGUGGCUCUUAAGAUUAUGACGCCUGAGAAGCCGGGUGAGCGUGAGUAUGAAAUGCAGAGAGAGAUUAUCAAGGUCGUUCAGACCACCUCCUAUCUCACGCUUUAUCAAAAUACAUUCACCCUUCGUGGAUCUCACGGCACCCACCGCGUCCUCGUUUUGCCUCUACAAGGUCCUAACCUUCGAGAUUAUCGACGUCAAAAACCAGCUGCCAAUCGGAUGUCAGCUGCCAAGCAACUGUUACAAGCUAUCAAACAACUGCAUGAUGGUGGAAUCGUGCAUGGGGAUCUAAGUAGUGCAAAUAUUAUGUACUCUCUCCUGCCUAUUGAUCACAGCACUGCAACUGCAAAGUACCAGUGCAUAGGGCGCCCUAAGAAAAUACCUCUAUAUCCCGACCUAUGGAAAGCAGGCGAGCUCGUCAUGCCAAUGCAGGUCGACAAAAACCUAAUAGGAGAUGAUAUAUCUCUUGGAGAUUUUGGACUAGCAAUUAAGUCAGGCACUCCAGUCUCGCAAAAGCUGCAGUCGCCUCUUAUUUAUUGCGCACCAGAGAAAAUUCACAAUCAUGGCCCAACGUUCGCCACUGACAUGUGGAGCUACAUGUGCAUUUUCGCACAGCUAUAUAUGGGCUAUAAUCUCUUUCAUGGCGCGACAAACUCUCUAAUAGUGUCGUCCAUGAUUCAGACUCUAGGACCCUUUCCUGCUAUAUGGAGGGGAACUUAUGAGGCAGGCGGCGCUUGUGAUGACCAGUGGUAUAAUGAGGGAUAUGAAAGAAUCCCUUCAAUGGCACUUGAAAACAAGGUAGCACGGCAUCGACCGGAUGCUGAUACGGUAGAGCGAGAGCUUGUGCUUUCCGUGCUGCGGAAGGGACUUUCAUAUCUGCCCGAGAAUCGCCUAACUGCCAGUCAGCUGCUAGAGGAUAAUUCUUUAAAGGCGCUUAUAGAGAUGUAUAGAUUAUAA